AUGCCGGCGCGCGACCCCGCAGCCGCGCCGCACAUCCCUCCGCCGCUCUCCACCACCCCGCCCGGCCCAGGCUUGCCCACGCACUAUGUCGGCGGUUCAGGUUCCGGGCGCGCCCGCUCCGGCAGUUCAGCCGGAGCAGCUGGCAUGUACCGCGAGCUGAGCACGUCGCCGUCAACCUCGAACCGCCGCACAAGCGCAACACUCGGAAUAGGGCUCCCGAAUCCGGACCAGCGUGCGCGCCGCGUUAGUCAAGGAGGUGACUCGCGCGUAAGCCGCUUGUUCCGCCGCCUGUCGGCCACGUCGGAUCACUCCGAUGGAGCCCAUGGGCACCACGCGCACCACAUUAUCGACCCCGUCUCUGGCGUUGUCGAAGAUGCCAUUUGCGAGAGCGAGUUUGAGCGCGAGGACGACGCGCUUGACGAGGCUGGAGCAAGCACGACCUCACGCGCCAUUCGCGACUCGACCCACCGCCUGGCGUCUAUGUCCGUUCAAACUAGCGGGUAUAUGAGUUCUGGCUUCCAACUCGACCACCGACCACACCAUCCUAGUCCGCUCACCAGCUACAUUGGCUCGACAGUCGACUUCCACGGCACGUCCCCGUCAUCGUCGCGGCACUUCAAGGGCCCCGAGUCACCCAAGUCUGGGCCGUCCGGCCUCUCGGUGCUUAUGGAGCGCGGCCGCGCCGGCCUUGGAACAUCACAGCGAUCGCAGGACAGUGAAGACUCUGGCGACACGACGCCGCACGCUCGACCCCGCGAACUCUCCCCAGAAGUCGACCCGCGCGAGGCGCAACUCGACUACCGUGCUUCCCACCUCGCCGAAGUACAGGAAGUCAACGAGGAGAUCGAAGACGACAUGGGUAACUCAUCGGAGUUCAGACAAUACCUCGAGGCCGAGGCCGCCAGGCCGCCGAACGAGCAGACAUCCCUGCUCGCCGACAGGAAGCAGGGGUGGAGGUCACGCACCGGGGUUGAUUUCCAGGUCGCCCGAAACCGCUUCUCCAAGAUCACGCUCACAGAGGCCGUCCGCCUCUGUAUCACUGAGCCCAUCCACUGCCUCCCUGCCGUCAUUCUCGGUGUCCUCCUCAAUGUCCUUGACGGUGUUUCGUACGGCAUGAUCCUCUUCCCGACUUCGCCCUACUUCCCCGGCUUCUCCUCGCUCGGCAUUUCGAUGUGCGUUGUGUCUCAGCUCGUGUUCUCGGCCGGCGGCAGCAUUUUCGGCGGUGGGAACGGCACGAUGAUGAUCGAGGCGAUCCCGUUCUUCCAUAUCCUUGUGAACCUGAUCGUGGCCGAGGUCGGGGAUGACGCAAACUCGAUCGUCGCGACGACCAUGGCUGCGUUCGCAUUCAGCUCGAUCCUGACGGGCCUCGUCUUCUUCCUCUUGGGCGCGUGCCGUCUGGGCUCGCUCAUCGGCUACUUCCCCCGGCACAUCCUCGUUGGAUGCAUCGGGGGCGUCGGUGUGUUCCUGAUCCUCACGGGAUUCCAGGUCGCGAUGCGCCUCCCCGAGGACGGCUUCGAGCUGAACCUCGAGUCGCUCAAGCUACUCUUUUCGUCGGUGCACACGUUCGCCCUGUGGGCCAUCCCCGUCGCGCUCGCUAUCUUGCUCCGUGUCAUCACGCACCACGUUCACCACCAGCUUGUGUUCCCCUUGUACUUCUUCGUGCUUCCGGUCCUAUUCUACAUCAUCGUCGCGAUCGGGCCGUGGAGUCUCGACGACCUCCGCCACGCCAAGUGGAUCUUUGAGGUCGACCCGGACCCCAAGCCCUGGUACGAGUUCUACACGUACUUCAGCAUCAAGAACAUCAACUGGGAGGCAUUCUGGGGUGUCAUGCCCACGCAGCUCGCGCUUGUCUUUUUCGGCAUCCUCCACGUGCCCCUGAACAUUCCCGCCCUCGGCGUGUCGCUGUGCGAGGACAAUGUCGACCUUGACCGCGAGCUCGUCGCACACGGCUUCUCCAACCUUGCUGCUGGCUUGACAGGCACUGUUCCGAACUACCUCGCCUACGUGAACUCUGUCCUCUUCUAUCGCGUUGGGGGCGGCUCGCGCUUGUCCGGCUUCAUGCUCGCGCUCGCGACCAGCGGCAUCAUGUUUAUGGGACCUGGUGCCAUUGCCUACCUUCUGUGGGACACACGCCAUCGUGUCAACCGGAUGGAGUACAUCACGAUCUGGGUCAUCAUCAUCGGCAUGACGGUGUUUGACUUUGUCAUCGGCCUCUUCAUCGGCAUCAUUCUCGCCUGUGUCUUCUUUGUCGUGCAAAGCUCUCGCCGUCGCCCGAUCCGCACCGUCUUCAGCGGCGCGACUGCUAAGUCGACCGUCAGGCGCCCCGCCGCGCAGCGCGCGUUCAUACAGAUGGUCGGCUCGCAGACGUAUGUCAUGAAGCUGCAGGGCUUCCUGUUCUUCGGCACGAUUGCGGUCGUCGAGGACGAGAUCCGCAAGCUGCUCGACUUAGCGAUGUGGGAAAACAACCCGAUCCGCUUCCUGAUCAUCGACUUUGCGCUCGUUGGCGGGCUCGACUUUUCGUCUGCCGAGGCGUUUGUGCGCAUCCAGCGUCUCCUGGCUGCCAAGGACGUGCUCUUAAUCCUAUGUGGCGCCGAGCCGCACGGGCUCGUGGGCACCGCCCUACGCGCAGUGGACCUCUGGGCUGAUGAGGACGGAAGUCAGGUCGAGGUGUUCCGGACGCUGAACGACGCGCUCGAGUGGACGGAGAAUGCGUACUUGACGGUGUUCUACGACAACAAGGCGCGCCAGAGACCCUCCCUCCAAGCGACCGAGGCUCGUGGCAUCGAUCUGCCCAAGAUGGCAAAGGUGCCGUUCAGUCUGGCGGAGAGCUUCCAGAACUCGCCGCGGCGCACCCUCCUCGCCCGCGCAGGAGACGAGAACCUGCACUCCGGCUUCGUGACGUACGGCUCGACACUGGCGCCUCCAGCGCAAUCACCCAAGUCCCCUCCCGCCGCCGAAGAGCACCACGAGGCCCCGCGACCCUUCGGCCAGCCUCUCCAGAUCCUCCUUCAGACCCUUGGCCCUUACACAGACGCCGGGACCGAGUUCUUCCAGGGUGUCGCGCCGUACUUUGCCCAAGUCGUCGUCGAGACGGGGCACGUGCUCUGGCGCCAGGGAUCAGCGAGUGACGGCCUCUAUCUCAUCGAAUCUGGCUCGCUGCGCGCCACAUACGCGUUUGACGAGCACGCCGAGGCGAUCCACGAGACCAUGGUAGCAGGCACUGUGGCGGGCGACCUGAGCGCGCUGAGCGACACGCCGCGCAACGCAACAGUGGUCGCGGAGCGGGACUGCGUGCUCUGGAAGCUGACGCCGGAGGCACUCGAGAAGAUGCAGAAGGAGCGGCCCGAGGACGCGAGCCGCCUCACCAAGGUUGUGCUCAAGGGUGCGGUCGAGGAGGUCGACGUCCUCAGCGCGCACCUCAUUGCUGUCCUGUCGUAA